UUGGUACAUAUUUGAACUUUGGUAUAGCUUUGAUGGCAAGAAAUCAAGGGUAGCGGAUUGGGGCAGUGGCGUGGUUGGUAGGUAGGGAGGGUACACCCGGCUCUUUUACUGUCACACUCAGACACAAGCGGUCGAUCACCGACCUCUCCUCCUCCUGCUCUUCUCCCCCCCCUGCCGGAGAUCUCGAUCCGUCGCUGCAUUUGAUGGAGGUCGCCGGCGCCACCUUAUUUUUAGCCCGAUCUGCUCCCACCUCCUCGUGGAAGCAGGCGCGUUCGCUCUGCCCGGCAUGGACCAGCCGACGGAAGGCGGUGGCUAUGGCGAUGGAGAAUAACGUCGCUGGAGGCGGAAGCUACGCCGGGGUGCCCAACUCUAACUACGUGGUGUCUCUUGAUGUUGUCCCUUCCCCCCUCACUCGCCCCCUUAAAGAGAUCCUAAGGGACCUGAACAAGAGAGUGCCGGACAAGAUCAUCGAUGCCUCCCACAAAUCGAUCCCCUGGUACCACACGAACAGAAUGCUGAGCUUUUAUGCCCCAGGCUGGUGUGGAGAAGUACGCAAUGUUAUAUUCUCAGACAAUAGAACUGUGACAGUAGUGUAUCGAGUUACCGUAAGAGGAUCAGAUGGAGAGGCUCACCGUGAGUCGAGUGGCACAGUGUCCUUGAAUGACGCCCAGUUUGAAGACCCUGUUGCAGCAGCUGAAGAAUUGGCCUUCUGCAAAGCGUGUGCCAGGUUUGGUUUUGGUUUGUAUCUGUAUCAUGAGGGUUCGUCUGCGUAGAACAAGUCGCAUGGAACCAUUUGCUACUUCUCGCGCCUUAAACAAUCUUGCAUUUACUUCAGGAUGUGGAGAAAUACUCUAUGCUUUCUUUAAUUAUUUGAUCAGAAAUCCUACGAAUAUUUCCAAUUCCGUCUUGAAUUUAAAAAUAGUUUCAGUUCAA